AUGUUGAAAGUCGAAUAUCAUUACUCAAACUACCCUGCAUUAUUCGCGGCAUUGAUGGAAGCGAAAUCUGCCUGUGAAGAUCCUCUUGCAAUCGAUGCAUAUCAGUCUGAUGAACUCAAAUACACAUACAAGGAUUCCCAUCGAUCCAAAAGGAAGUACAAGACGCGUCAUUAUUAUCGCAAAGACAACUCGGGUCCUUCCUCAUUCGCGAAGCAUAUCUGCGAGUUUUGCGGCAAAAUUUACGGGACUCGGGGUUCGCUAAAAUAUCAUCGGUUUAUGGAAUGCGGAAAGGAACCUAACUUCGCCUGCACCUUCUGCAGCUACAGGUCUAUCAGGAAAAGCAACGUGCUCAGACACGUGCACUUAGUGCACUAUCAAGAAUGCUUCAUCAAUUAUACGUGGAGAAUGUCUAAAGGUCUGACGAAGGAGAACAGGAAUAUGUUCGACCUAGAGGAGGAAUCCAUGGAUAUGCCAAUACAAACGCAGGAGAAAACGAUGCCGUUUGCUGAGCUGAAGAUACCAAAUGCUAGGAAUUACGUCAAUAAGCCGCUCGGCCAAUUCGCUUGCGCUAGAUGCGGCCGUUCAUAUAGAAGGAAGGACUCGUUGCAACGCCACGAGCAUUGGGAGUGUGGCAAGGAGCCACAAUUUAAAUGCCCAUAUUGCCCGCAACGUUGUAAACGCAAAGCACAUUGGCAACGUCACAUACGUCGCCAGCAUCAGGAUAAAGUGGAUAUGGAACAGUAUCUAGACUCUAGAACACCUAAACUCAAAAUAGAGAUUGACUGA